AAACUGCCGAGGAAAGCCAAAACCUAAACCACAGGGUAACUCUUGGUUUGCAUAUGUGUCACAUUCUCCCAUGAAUAAAUAAAUAAAUAAUAAAUAAAUACUUUUUUUUAAAGUUUUGGUAAUGGCAAUGGCAUGUAUGAGAGAUCCUGGUUUCUGUUACAUUAAUUGAGGUCAGGUUUUAUAUAUUUUUUAAAAAUAUAUUUUGCUUCUCUGAGAUGGAGUUUUUUAACUUGUGAGAAAAAGAAAAUUCAGAGAAGAAAGGAGAUGCAGGAAAAACAUUCAGUGUGUUUUUCAGGACUUAAUAUGGAGUGCUGAGUGUCCCGUGCCCUGUAGUUGAUUUGUGUAUCAUAAUGAAACUCAGAAACAUCUUCUUAAAAAUAGGUUUCCAGAGCCAUUCUUGAAACUUUGUGCAUUGUUGUUUUUCUAUAAAUGGUUAGAACAAUCCUUGAGGUGCAAUUCAGGAUGUAGCAUAUUUUAAAGGAGACACUGUAGCUGCUCCCCAUUGUUGCCUAUCGUCUUUAAUGUUACCUUUCAAUUUUAUCUCCUGCUCUGCAGGAAAUAUUUAAUGAAGAUAAUAUUUUUGUGUUUUAAAGAAUAGCAACAUGUAUUUUACGUAAAGUAUAGGUGGGAAAUAAUCUGAGCAUCCUGGAUAUUGUAGUCCUAAUCCUGCAAUCCAGGGAUUUACAUGGCCUCAUAUUUUCAGCAGAAAUAGCUCGACAGUAUUGGAUGAAAUAGCUUUGGGUCUAGACCAUGUAUUUGGUACUUCUGCAUCUCCUGGGUCAAAUAACCCAGCAGCGUGCUUCUACACUGGUUUGUGCUUGCUUUCUGUCCCCCUCUUUCUCCCACUCUGUCAUUCACUGAAAACAUUAAUUUGUUAUACAGAAAAUGUCCAUUGAUUUCACCUCUGAUUUUGCAGUUAACCUUGGAACUUUUGAUGGUAUGUGUAUUGGUUUAGUUAGUUCCUUUUAAUUAUUGAAAAGUUCAAAGGGAAGUAUUGUCAACAUAUAUAAAAAUAUAUAUUUAGUCACUUUUUUUCUCCUAAGUCAGCAUUUGCAUUCCAUUCCUGUGGGACCACCUAGACCAAAAGGAGUCCAGUGGAGUCAUGAGCUGCUUGUCAGAUACGAGCUUCAGGGCGUCUGUCUCUGAUCGGUGCUGCGUGCUACAAGAAGCUGUUCCUAGAUUCUGAAGGACCUGGAUGAUUACUAUGAAAAAUUUAAACGGGAGACAGAUGCUGUGCAGAAGAGAAGAAUGUUGCACUGCAUACAGAGAGCCUUGAUUCGAAGUCAGGAACUGGGGGACGAGAAGAUCCAAAUCGUCAGUCAGAUGGUGGAGCUCGUUGAGAACAGAACAAGGCAAGUGGACAGCCACGUGGAACUGUUUGAGAGCUGUCAAGAGACUAAUGACACCACUGGAAACAGCGGGAAAGCCAGCCAGGAUAAGUCGAAGAAUGAGACAAUCGCACAGGCUGAAAAGCCCAACAACAAGAGAUCGAGGAGGCAACGGAAUAAUGAGAAUCGAGAAAAUGCCUCAAAUAAUCAUGAUCAUGAUGACAUCACCUCAGGAACACCAAAGGAGAAGAAAGCAAAAACAUCCAAGAAGAAGAAACGAUCCAAGGCUAAAGCAGAGCGGGAAGCUUCUCCCCCUGACCUUCCUAUUGACCCUAAUGAGCCAACAUACUGCUUGUGCAACCAAGUCUCCUAUGGAGAAAUGAUAGGAUGUGAUAAUGAUGAGUGCCCCAUUGAAUGGUUUCACUUUUCUUGUGUGGGACUCAACCAUAAACCAAAGGGCAAAUGGUACUGCCCCAAAUGUAGAGGAGAAAAUGAGAAAACUAUGGACAAGGCAUUGGAGAAAUCUAAAAAAGAAAGGGCAUACAACAGGUAGUUUGUGGACUUUUCAUAGUGAAGGAAAAAACCCACCAAACCAGUGUAUUUAUUGUCAGUGUCACCUUUGUUGAGGUGAAAGGAUUGUAAAAUGUAUAUUUUUAAAGGAGGUUUAAAACUGAACCAUUCCUGUUACAGGGACGGCAAUAAGAAAUUUUGGGUUUCAUUUGGUAAGCUGUAACAAGAAUGUGGUCUGUGGACCAAUGUAUUCCAAAAGUACCAUUAUAAGAAUAUUCGGGUGUUUCUUAAAAGAUAAAUUUUCUUUAUUUCUUUUUUCUUUUUUUUUUCCUUUCUUUUAUUUUUUUAAGUGCUGGUAGCACUCUACCCAUUAAAAUUUUGACAAAUAUCUCUGAAGUGUAAUUUUAUUUUCUUUAAUGAAAAUUGUUAUUUACCUUUUGAACAAAAUUGAUAAAUUGUUUAACCACCUGGCUGUAUCUGAAUAAAGCUGCAGUGCAUUGCAAAUGUAACUUCUUUUGGUGGUAAGCAAGAACAAACAAAAGGAGAGUAAAAUUUGGUUCCUGCUACAAAGUGUCAGGAUAACAGUUCAAUAGCAAAUGUUUAAAUAGGCUUAGAGGAUUAUUUUUUAAAACAAAAAGUUAAUGGUUAAAUUUUAAACAACAAAUAUUUUAUAUGCUGGCCAGGUACCACAAAGGCCAUUUUUAAAUGAUUGAAUAUGUUUUGUAUUUAACCAGGAAGUGGUUUAGUAAUGAGACAUAACAUAAAUGAGGCUUUAUACUGUCACAGAUAGUGGUGUAGCAAUCCUUAAUUUGUUUAAGUUGUAUAAAUGUACAUUUUAAGUGGAGUUGCACUUACUGUAUUAUACUUGGAAAUGCAGCCAAAUGCCAUUGUGUAACCAAUGUGCAUUUCCUGCUGUAUGUAUGAAAAUUGUACAGAUGUGAUAUUAAGAAAUAAAUGAAAUGAGUUUGACA